AUGGCGGUGAAAAUGGAUAGCUGCGUAGCUGAAGAACUCUUCUACGAAAAACUUGAGUCAAUGAAAUCACCCAGAAAGGGAAAAGCAAGUAAUUUAACAGUAUAUCUAAGCGAUGAGUUUUAUGAUAGAGCGAAAGCUUGGCUUACUGUAGAGAAUUCCAAAGACAUUGAAGGGCUUUCAACAAGCAACGUGGCAACAAUAAAGCGUAAAAAGUGGACCCUACAGCAUGGAAAAAUUGCUAAUCCAGAUGGAAAGUUCGUUAUUCCAAAGCGUGAUAUUUUCAAGACAUUAUGUGAAGCUCACUCUCCCAUAGUGCAUAGAGGAAGAGACAAAACUGAACGUUACAUACGUGAGUCAUAUGCGGAAAUUUCACAAGAAGUAGUAACACUUUUUGUUUCCCUCUGUAAACUCCAUCAACAGCAACGUAGUGUCUACAACCACGUAAAAAUGUACCAAUUUAAGUCUUUACUCUCAACAGAGUAUUGCAGACUGCUUUAA